GAAAUAGUAAAUAUUCAAAAUGUGGUGCGAAGCAGAAAUUAGAAAAGCCCUGCAUUUUGUUCCAGGGUAUAUUGGAUUUUCUCCAGAAUACCCUCAGCAAAUGGGCAAAUCCUUCGGUCACCAAACUCAUCACCUCAUGAGGGAACAUCCCCUCUUCGAUGGCAGAUCAUCAAAGACAAACAAGAACCCUUGUAUAAGAAUAGAAAUGAUGCCGAGCAAUUUGGAAAGAGGAGAUUCUGAGUAUCAGAAAUGUUCAACUUGUACCUACGAUAGAUACGUCAGACCAGCUGGAUUGCCAUCAGAGGAGAUGUGGAGGGUUCUAGAUCUGGAGGGCCAACGGGAACGUAAGACUAAUGAACAGAAAAAUGAUUACAAAGCUCACGAAAGUCCAAAAACAUGUGGAUUGAAACAUUGUUAUAAGAAAAAGGAUUCUGAGUAUGAGAAGUGUUCAACUUGUACCUACGAGAGAAGUGCUGUUCGUGACUAUGAUAGAGAUCUCAGGCCUGCUGGAUUGCCAUCAGAAGAGAUGUGGAGGGUUCUGGAUCUGGAGGGCCAACGAGAACCCAAGACUAAAGAAAAGGAAACUCGCUUCGAAACUGAAGACAGGCCCCAAACCUAUUAUUCAAGACACAAAGCGCACUUCCCUGCUCACUAUCUGCAUUACGAAGGUUACUGGGAUGAACACGACUAUAGCCAUUCCGAUUAUGAUCAUCAUGUUCAGAACCACCAUCUCCAUGGUCACCACCAGCGUGCCUACGGUUCCCGUGAUCAUGAACAUCAUGCCUAUAGACAUCUUAGCCAUGAUCAUGGACAAAAUUCGAAAGAGCAGAAACGAGAUAAUCCUGUUUCAGUAUCUAUAUGCAUAAAUCCUCGCAAAUCAAAAGGGAAAUUUUACAUGCCAGCUAUCUGUGGCGACUAUAAUUUUGAAAAGAACAAAGUUAGUAUCCAGUUUCCUGAUAAAUACUGCCGAAAGCGCGAGCAUUCUAGAGAUCGAAAAAAGAAUAAGGAGGUCCAAGUUAAAUCGGACGAAGAAAAUUUAAACAAACGAUAUGACACACCAGAUCGAGAUGGAAGGAACUCUCACUGCAACUCUUCGUUGAAGAACGGUGCAGUACCAAUUUGUGCUGGAAUCAUAGCAGGUAUCCAGCUCUGUGGUCCGAUGAGUUUCGGAAAUUCAUCGGGACGCAUGUGGAGAGGAAAUUGCUGCUGA